AUGGGAAUGUCGAGAUUCUUUCAGAGUGUUUGGGACCUCGUACGUCGGCCGUUCGUCGAUUGCACGAGCUGCUACGAUAUACUUGACCCUGAUUACUACCGUGAGACGUCACCGGGUGUGUACACGAUUCCGCAAAUGUUCAAUCACUGGGAACACGACGUCAAACAUGAUUUUUUAAUGCAGUCUCGGUAUCAAUCAUCGCUUUCUCUAUCGCCAAGCACUCAUGUAGGUUUGGCACAAAACUCGACAUCAUCAAGCUCGAGAUCACGCUCGGAUUCACCUUUAAACAGUCCGUACUCUUACUACAAUAAAGAAGAGAGGGACAGGCACGUGCAGUUUUUGUUUUACGGCGGGAGUGAUCAUCUCACAAGAAGUCUCAACUCAAGCGGAUACCGAAGCGACAUGAUCUCGAAUCAUGCCUUGUCGAUGAAGCCAAUGAGUCCGGCAGUGAUCGAGUCACCACGAAUUAAUCACGAGAUGCCGUGCUUCUUCUCACCACGAGAUACACUGCAGUCACCAAUGUCGGCACCAAUGUACUCACCAUAUAUUUUCAAAAUCACAGAGCAGCGAAAUACACGACGUAGUACUGGAUACCACAGCACGCGAUUCUGCAGAUGA